AUGUGUAUGAAAACGACUUGUGAAAAAUGUGCCAAACCAACAUGGAAAGGCUGUGGUCAACAUAUUGAAGAAGCAUUAAAAGAUGUUUCGGUUGCAGAUCGAUGUCAAUGUCCAAGAGAUUCUCAAUGUCCAAGAGAUUCAUCAACAAAACCUAGCGAUUCAAAAAUGACGAACUUUCGUUUAAAAAUGGGCAAUAUAUGUUCAUGGUGUUUUAAAACUGAAAAUGAUUCACAAUUGAAUAGUAAUGUUGAUGAUCAUUCAGAGAUAACUAACUCACAACGUCUAGUAUCUGCGUCAAAAGUUAAUGAUCGAACACCACUUUUAGGUAAAUCAGGCAAUCAUAAUAACCAUUCAGUGACGACAUCAGGUUUUGAUAAUUCACAAUCAAAUGGUGAAAUAUUACCAGCAACACAACUUCCACCACCACCCAUAAUUAAUGAAGGUGGAACAGAAACUAAAACAGUAAAUGAAACAGCUGAAAGUAAAAUGGCAUUUAUUGUUGAACGUAUGUUAUCGACAUUAAUUGAUGUUAGUAAUAGUGAAUCUAAUAUUCAUCAAACAAAUAGAAAUACAAAUGAAUUAAAUACAGAAAAUGAUUAUUUAAGACAAUUAUUAACAAAAUCAUUAUCAUCAACAAAAAUAUUAGCAAUACCAGAUGUUGGUUUAAAUAAUCUCCCAUCAUUACUUUCUGGACGACCAAUAUCAUCUGAUAUAUGUCGUUGUGUAGCACAUACAGCCGGUGAAUUAUCAAAUUUAUUAAUUAAUGAAAUAAAAAUAAUACAUAAAGAACAACUUGUUGUCGUCUUUGAAUAA